AUGAGGAGGCGCUGCGGCUGGCUCUCGUCUCUGUUCCGCCCUCGCCGGGCCGGCCGCGCGCUCCCGCAACCAGAUCCACAGGGUCCCGAUUCCAAGCCCAAGGCAGUAGAUAAGCUCAGUGCUUCUGACAAAGUUGUCAUGGAGAACAUCCUGUCAAACAGUGAUUUUUCUGAGGGUCUACAUUUGUGGCAACCAAAUAGUUGCCAUGCAUUUGUAGCCGUUGAAGGAUCAGGUUACCAUUAUGGUGUAAGGCCACAUUCAGGGUCAACCUAUGCUGUUCUUACUCAUCGCACACAGAGUUGGCAGGGGCUUGAGCAGGACAUAACAGAAAAGGUCACCCUUGGUACUGAGUACUUUGUUGCUGCAUAUGUCAGAGUUCAUGGGGAAGUUCAUGAGCCCAUUGGAGUUCAGGUCACUCUCAAACUUGAGGAGGAGGGGUCUUCUACCAACUAUCUUUCUAUUGCAAGGAUUUUGGCCUCACAAGAACGCUGGGAAAAGAUGGAAGGUUCAUUUAAUCUAACAACUCUACCAAGACGUUUAGUAUUCUACCUUGAAGGUCCCCCUCCUGGUGUGGACUUGCUCAUAGAUUCAGUCACCAUCUCCUACAAGAAAACAGAGGGGUCAGCUUCAUCAAUUCGUGGAACAGAGAACAUCAUUUUAAAUUAUGAUUUUUCAAAAGGCCUUCAUCCUUGGAAUCCCAUCUGCUGCCAUGCAUAUGUGGCAUCACAAUGGUCUGGUUUCCUUGAUGGUAUUAGAGGGAACUCAGGAGAGAACUAUGCUGUUGUUUCAAAGAGAACAGAACACUGGCAGGGUCUUGAACAAGAUAUUACGAAUCAAGUGUCUACAGGCACUGCUUAUGUAGUUUCUGCUUUCGUUAGAGUUGAUGGGAAUGUCCAAGGUCAGGUUGAAGUCAAAGGAACCCUUAGGUUGCAAAAUGCAGAUGGAUCAACGCAUUAUAACACUGUUGGAAGUGUGGUUGCCUCAAAAGAAAAGUGGAACAAAUUGGAAGGCUCCUUUUCUUUGACAAACAUGCCAAAAAAUGUUGUAUUUUACCUGGAGGGACCUCCUGCUGGUGUGGAUCUUGUCAUUGAUUCUGUCACUAUUACUUGCUCCAGACAUAAACAGUCAAAAGAAGUAAAAGUACCAAGUGGAGCCGAGACUAUAAUUAAAAAUCCUCACUUCGAAGAUGGGUUAAAAAAUUGGUCAGGAAGAGGAUGCAACAUCUGCAGACAUGAGUUCACUGCAUAUGGGAAUGUACGGCCUUUAAAUGGCAGCUAUUUCGCUUCUGCAACUGGACGGGUUCACAAUUGGAAUGGCAUCCAGCAAGAGAUCACGGGCAGGGUGCAGCGGAAAGUUCUUUAUGAGAUCAGUUCUGCUGUUCGAGUAUUUGGGAGUGCCAAUGAUACUGAAGUGCGUGCUACUCUGUGGGUACAAGAAUAUGGUCGUGAGCGAUAUGUGGGACUUGCCAAAAACCAGGCUUCUGAUAAGCAAUGGACACAUCUGAAAGGAAAGUUCCUCCUUCAUGCUCCCUUUACCAAAGCUGUUAUUUUCAUAGAAGGGCCUCCUGCUGGAAUUGACAUUCUUGUAGAUGGUCUUGUCUUAUCUCCAGCAAGAAAGCUACAAGCUGCACCGUGCCCAAAAAUUGAGAAUGUUCUGUAUGGAACUAAUCUAUUGCACAAUAAUGCCUUCACUCGUGGGCUUGCUGGGUGGAGUCCUAUGGGUUCAUGUCGAUUGAGUAUCCAGACUGAAGCACCCCAUAUGCUAUCUUCUAUCUUGAAGGACCGUGCAAGUCAGAAGCAUAUAAGUGGUCGUUAUAUCCUUGCCACGAACCGCACAGAUGUUUGGAUGGGUCCUUCUCAGGUCAUAACUGAUAAACUAAGGUUGCAUGUCACUUACAGAGUAUCGUCUUGGGUACGAGUUGGGUCUGGAGGACAUGGACGUCACCAUGUAAAUGUCUGUCUUGCUGUGGAUAACAACCAAUGGGUCAAUGGCGGGCAAGUGGAAGCUGAUGGGGAUCAAUGGUAUGAAAUCAAAGGAGCAUUCAAGCUUGAAAAGCAGCCAUCCAAAGUUACCGCAUAUGUUCAAGGCCCUCCUCCAGGUGUUGAUCUCAGAGUCAUGGACUUUCAAAUAUAUCCAGUCGACAGAAAAGCACGGUUUGAGUAUCUGAAGGAGAAAACAGACAAGGUGAGAAAGCGUGAUGUUGUUCUUAAGUUCCAAGGAUCAAAUGCAGUGAAUCUUUUAGGUUCAUCUGUGAGGAUACAACAGACCGAGAAUAGCUUUCCAUUUGGAUCAUGCAUCGCGAGACACAACAUAGAGAAUGAGGAUCUUGCUGAGUUUUUUGUGAAGAACUUCAACUGGGCUGUAUUUGAGAAUGAAUUGAAAUGGUACCAUACAGAAGCAGAACAAGGGCGGCUUAAUUAUAAAGAUUCUGAUGAGUUGCUUGAAUUUUGCGAGAAACAUAAGAUACAGGUUCGUGGCCACUGUUUAUUCUGGGAAGUAGAAGACGCUGUCCAACCUUGGGUUCGGUCAUUGCAAGGCCACCACUUAAUGGCUGCCAUCCAAAAUCGUUUGCAAAGCCUGUUGUCAAGGUACAAAGGUCGAUUUAGACAUCACGAUGUAAACAAUGAGAUGCUACAUGGGUCUUUCUAUGAAGACAGAUUGGGAAGGGACAUUAGAGCUUACAUGUUCAGAGAAGCACAUAAGCUUGAUCCUUCUGCUGUCCUGUUUGUUAACGAUUAUAACGUCGAAGAUGGAUGUGACACAAAAUCUACCCCUGAGAAAUUCGUUGAACAGGUAGUUGAUCUCCAAGAACGGGGUGCCCCAGUUGGUGGGAUCGGUGUGCAAGGUCAUAUCAGCCAUCCAGUGGGAGAAAUCAUAUGCGAUUCCCUGGACAAGCUCGCCAUACUAGGUCUCCCGAUCUGGAUUACUGAAUUGGAUGUCACAGCAGAGAAUGAACACAUACGAGCUGAUGAUCUAGAGGUGUUCCUCCGCGAAGCAUUUGCACAUCCUGCUGUUGGGGGAAUCAUCCUCUGGGGAUUCUGGGAGAUGUUUAUGUUUCGAGAGCACGCGCAUCUGGUCGAUGCUGAUGGGACAAUCAACGAGGCUGGCAGAAGGUACCUUGCUCUCAAACAAGAGUGGCUGACCCGUAUGAACGGCAAUGUCGAUCGCCAAGGAGAGUUUAAGUUCAGAGGAUACCAUGGUUCGUACAUGGUGGAAGUGGACACGCCUUCAGGCAAGGUAGCUAGAUCCUUUGUCGUUGAUAAGGAUAGCCCGGUUCAGGUGAUCACUCUGAAUGUUUAA